AAGAUUACUUGGCAUGGAAAUGAUUGAAAAAGGCCUGCUGGAGGAAAUGGGACUUGAACUGAAUCUCAAACCAUGGGCAACAGAUGGGGGUGCACAUUUUUGGGAGGUCCCCAAGACUGCUUUCAGGUCUGUGUAUGAUGACCAACCAAAUGCACACAAGAAGUUUAUGGAAAAGUUAGAUGCUUGUAUCCGUAAUCAUGACAAGGAAAUUGAAAAGAUGUGUAAUUUUCAUCAUCAGGGUUUUGUAGAUGCUAUUACAGAACUCCUUAAAGUAAGGACUGAUGCAGAAAAACUGAAGGUGCAAGUUACUGAUACCAACCGAAGAUUUCAAGAUGCUGGAAAGGAGGUGAUAGUCCAAACAGAAGAUAUUAUUCGAUGUAGAAUUCAGCAGAGGAAUAUUACAACUGUAGUAGAAAAAUUGCAGUUAUGCCUUCCAGUGCUGGAAAUGUACAGUAAGUUGAAAGAACAGAUGAGUGCAAAAAGGUAUUAUUCUGCUCUAAAAACUAUGGAACAAUUAGAGAAUGUGUAUUUUCCCCGGGUUAGUCAAUACCGGUUUUGUCAGCUAAUGAUAGAAAAUCUUCCUAAGCUCCGUGAAGAUAUUAAAGAAAUCUCCAUGUCUGAUCUCAAAGACUUUUUGGAAAGCAUUCGCAAACAUUCUGACAAAAUAGGUGAAACAGCAAUGAAACAGGCACAGCAGCAGAAACUCUUCAGUGUUAUUCUGCAGAAGCAAAAUAAUGUAAAAUUUGGGAAGACUGUGUAUAUAAAUGAUAGAAUUCCAGAAGAAAGGAAUGAAAUUGUAUUGAAACCUGUAUUUGAGGAAGAGGAUGAGAAUGAAGAGGAGGUCUUAACUGUUCAGGAUCUUGUUGAUUUUUCCCCUGUUUACCAAUGUUUGCACAUUUAUUCUGUUCUGGGUGAUGAGGAAACAUUUGAAAAUUAUUACCGAAAACAAAGAAAGAAACAGGCAAGACUGGUAUUGCAACCCCAGUCAAAUAUGCAUGAAACAGUUGAUGGCUAUAGAAGAUAUUUCACUCAAAUUGUAGGGUUCUUUGUGGUGGAAGAUCACAUUUUACAUGUGACCCAAGGAUUAGUAACCAGGGCAUACACUGAUGAACUUUGGAACAUGGCCCUCUCAAAGAUAAUUGCUGUCCUUAGAGCUCAUUCAUCUUAUUGCACUGAUCCUGAUCUUGUUCUGGAACUGAAGAAUCUCAUUGUAAUAUUUGCAGAUACUUUGCAGGGUUAUGGUUUUCCAGUGAACCGACUUUUUGACCUUUUAUUUGAAAUAAGAGAUCAAUACAAUGAAACACUGCUUAAAAAAUGGGCUGGAGUUUUCAGGGACAUUUUUGAAGAAGAUAAUUAUAGUCCCAUCCCUAUUGUUAAUGAAGAAGAAUAUAAAACAGUCAUCAGUAAAUUUCCCUUUCAAGAUCCAGACCUUGAAAAGCAAUCUUUCCCAAAGAAACUGCCCAUGUCUCAAUCAGUGCCUCAUAUUUAUAUUCAAGUUAAAGAAUUUAUUUAUGCCAGCCUUAAAUUUUCAGAGUCAUUACACCGGAGCUCAACAGAAAUAGAUGAUAUGCUUAGAAAAUCAACAAAUCUGCUGCUGACCAGAACUUUGAGUAGCUGUUUACUGAAUCUUAUUAAAAAACCUCACAUAGGUUUGACAGAGCUAGUGCAAAUCAUUAUAAACACCACACACCUGGAACAAGCUUGCAAAUACCUUGAGGACUUUAUAACUAACAUUACAAAUAUUUCUCAAGAAACUGUUCAUACCACAAGACUUUAUGGGCUCUCUACUUUUAAGGAUGCCCGACAUGCAGCAGAAGGAGAAAUAUAUACCAAACUUAAUCAGAAAAUUGAUGAAUUUGUUCAGCUUGCUGAUUAUGACUGGACAAUGUCUGAGCCAGAUGGAAGAGCUAGUGGUUACUUAAUGGAUCUUAUUAAUUUUUUGAGAAGCAUCUUUCAAGUGUUUACUCAUUUGCCUACUAACAGCAAUGAUCACGCAGCCAUGUCGGGGAAGGUUGCCCAGACUGCUUGCAUGUCAGCCUGCCAGCAUCUGUCAACAUCAUUAAUGCAGAUGCUCCUGGACAGUGAGUUAAAACAGAUAAGCAUGGGAGCCGUUCAGCAAUUUAACUUAGAUGUCAUACAGUGUGAAUUGUUUGCCAACUCUGAGCCCGUGCCAGGAUUCCAAGGGGAUACUCUGCAGCUAGCAUUCAUUGACCUCAGACAACUCCUUGACCUGUUUAUGGUUUGGGAUUGGUCUACUUAUCUAGCUGAUUAUGGUCAGCCAGCUUCUAAGUACCUUCGGGUGAAUCCAAACACAGCCCUUACUCUUUUGGAGAAUGUGACUUGCAGAGUCCAUAGAGGGAUAAAGGAUACUAGCAAAAAGAACAAUAUAUUUGCUCAAUUCAGGAAGAAUGAUCGAGACAAACAGAAGUUGAUAGAGACAGUCGUGAAACAGCUGAGAAGUUUGGUGAAUGGUAUGUCCCAGCACACAUAAACUUCACAUUGCUUGCACUCAGUGACACCAAAUCCAUGGUGUCUCAAUGUUGAUCUCUAACAGGCACUGGUCAUGAUACAGAAAGUUGUUUGCAGAAUUCAAAAAUAUAGUAGAGAAAAGACACUGAUGAGAGAGCUUAAACAAGAAAGAAUUAUAAAUAUCAUUUGUAUGGAUUUUUAAAUAACGGAAUAAUAUUUUAUAUAUGGAAAACCUGACAUUAAUUUUUUUUUCACUUCUAGGGAAAAAAGGCAAAACUAAUAUAUAAAUCAGGUCAAAAAUUGUCUAUGAAACUGAUUGUGUAAAUACAUUAGAAGAACUUAUGCCUCUAUAUAUUGGUGUUUUUUCUACUUAGACUUGAAUGAUUUUUCUGUUUUGUUUUUUUUUGUUUGUUUGUUUUCCAGUAUCUGGUUUUGGAAUGCAAUUAUGUCUGAUCUUUCACUGUCAUUUUCUGACUUUUAGCUUUAAUUUUCACCUCAAUAUUAUUUAAAUAGACUAAAAUUUCUAAUUCUGCUGAUUUCGAGGGAGGAAAUAUAAAUCUUUAAAGGUCCCUGAAAUCAAACUUAAUUUAACCCAGUAAGAAUUUGAAUUAUUUGUUCUACUUGGGUGGUUUAAUUUAAUCUGAAUAUGAAGAAAAGGAAUUUGAUUUUCUAAAGAUGCAAGGUGUUUCUGUUCAGCAGGGUUAAUAUUUCUAACUAUAGUGUUUGUAGCUGGCCCCAUUUAUUUGGUUUGGUUUGGUUUGGUUUGGUUCAAGUUAGAAGGACAGAAACUAAGUGGGGCUAACCACUUCAGGUGCCGCUUGUGAUAGGAGAGAUGUGUUCCUACACACAGAAGUUACCACAGGGGUCAGGUUACUUUCUUCAAAGAGCAGACAUCAGUACCAUGUCCUCACUGUGGAAACAAGCCAAACCAAAUGAACUCUGGAAAACCUAAAAUGAAUGUACAUUUUACUGUGUAAAGUACUGUGGUCCAGAUGGUAAUAACAAUCUGAUCCUUACUUUCUCUUCAUUGUAUUUAUGCUGAAUAAUCCUUUUGCAUUUUCAGGAUUUAUGCCUGUAAGAAACUUUUAUUUGACUCUGUAAAAUAAGUGUAAAGAAUUAUAUGUACAUUUCUUGAUUUUGUGAUUAAAUAUUAAAAAGGUUG